CCUAACUUAUUUGUGUUAUAUCAUCAAUCCUUGCUUGCUGAAGAAGAUAUGCUGUCCGAUCUUCCAAGGGAUGUGGCAGAGGAUGUGCUCAAUAGGCUUCCAAUUACAUCUAUUAGAGCAGUGCGAUUUGUAUGCAAAAAUUGGAACGCUUUAUCCAAAGAUGAGAGUUUUACAAAGAAGCAUCUUGCUCAGGCCAAAGCAGAACCAGGAGCAAGGGAGUUUAUGGCGGUAAUAGUGAUUAAUUAUCGGGUUUAUUUGAUGAGUGUCAACCUCCAUGGAAUCCACAACAACGUUGACCCUUCAAUAAAUCAUCUAGGUAAACUCGUUAGCCUAACCGAUUCAGAUUUACUCGAUAUAUCUGUAGUCUAUCACUGCGAUGGUUUAUUGUUAUGCAUCACGGAAGACGGCACUAGGUUUGUUGUUUGGAAUCCUUACUGCGGCCAAACCCUGUGGUACGAGCCAAUAAGCAGAAGAAAUUGGGGAAAUUAUGCUAUAGGAUACGAGAAUAGCAAAUCAUGCCACAGCUACAAAGUUUUGGUAUUUAGUGAAUCUUGUGGAUACGUUCGGUAUGAAUUGUACUACAUCAACUCUAAAUCACCUAGUCACAUGACUAUCCCGAUUACUAUCUUUGCAGACUGGGAUAUAGAGUUUUAUGCACGUGGCGUGUCUCUCAAGGGAAACACUUAUUGGUUUGCUCAAGAAUAUUGUGUAGGAGACGACGGAACAGAAAAAGGGUACCAAGCUAUUUUAAUCGCUUUUGAUUUUACAAAAGAGACAUUUGGACCGCGUCUAAGUCUACCGUUUCACUCAAUUAUGGAAGAUACUGUGACUCUAUCUAGUGUUAGAGAUGAGCAACUUGCAGUGUUAUUUCAGGAAGAGGACAUUUAG